UCUUCCCUUGUGGUUCGAAACUAUUCGCGCGAAAAAAAAAAAUUGUGUGCGUGUAUGAACGUUUUAAAUCAUUUGCUAUUUAAUUGUCCACGCUGUUACAGGUACAUAUCUUUUAAAAAUGGCUGAACUUCCUCGUCUGGGACAGCAAUGUCAGGUUUCUGAUUGCAAACUUUUAGACUUCCUGCCAUUUGAGUGCUCCUAUUGUUCUAAGGUUUACUGCUUGGAGCACAAAUUUCCCGAUUCUCAUGGCUGCACUAAGUGUAAUCUCAGUGACCUGCCCCCAGCCUCAGAUGAUGUACUGUCUUUGUUUCAUAAGUGCAGCGUUGUGCAGUGCACUGCAGCUGGCACUGAGGUGGUUGUUUGUGACAAAUGCAGAGCUGAUGUUUGUUUAAAACACAGGCAUUCCUGGGACCACAAAUGUCUGGAGGAGGAAGAAAAGGAAGAGGUUUCGAAAACUGCAGAACAUGUUGGUAAGAUUUUAGAAAAAGCAUCCAAGCCAAAACCACAAGGGAAGGCAAAACCAAGUGCUAAAGCAGAGAAAAUGGCUGCAAAGAUAGCACUUAUGAAGUUGAAGAUGAAAGCUGUUGGAGACAAGAAUGUUCUCUCAGAGAAUCGAAUACAUUUGUUAGUAUUCUUACCAAAACAGAGUGGACAGCAGUCAAAAGCUCUUUACUUUUAUAAGGCCCUUAAAGUUGGUAAAGUGAUCGACAAAUUGAGUGACAACUAUAACAUUCUGAAUAAGAAUAAUCGUCCUGAUGGUAAGUGUCUUGCUGUGUUUUGCCAUUCUGAUGGGCAUCGGUUACCAGUUGAGAAAUCUCUUGAAGAGUUGAUAAAAUUAGAAGAAAUUUUCGACGGAUCUUCAGUCAUCUUGGAAUAUACUGACUCUGUUACCUCCUAUCUGGACAACCUUGAAGAUUAUCACAGUUAAACUCUGAUGCACAGCUAAUUUGUUAGGGAUAUGGGUGGUUCUGGUAAAUCCUGUAAUUACAGAAACCCUAAUUUAUGUCCCCUUGAUGGUGUCUGUCUAACUACUAAUGCUAUAUAUAAAUGUAUUGUUAAAGCGGAGGGUAAUUUGGAUAGGUUUUAUACAGGCAGUACUAUAAAUUUUAAGGAUAGGUAUAGGGCCCACAUGAAUUUGUUUUUGAACAAAAAAUAUUGUAACUCCACUAUACUUGCCUCUUAUAUACAUGGUUUAAAGAGGAAUAAAAAAGUUAUUCUCUUGAAUGGUCUGUUGUAUCAAGGGCCCCUUAUUUCAGAGUUAAUAUUAACAAGUCUAAGUUGUGUGUAAGGAAAUCUGUUGCCAUCCUUAAAUCCUGUGAGGAGAUAGUUACCUCCUGUUGCAUUACUGCAUAUCCAGAGAGCACCACACGUGAGUGUGUAUAUUAUAUAUUUUCUUGAACAAACACCAAUUACAUUCCAUUUUCACAAUUUGAAAGAGACCUUAUGACAAUACAGAAGAGAUUCUUUACCAUACACAGGUGCAAUGAAGAAAAGAAUAUGCAAUUUGAUGUGGUCUCAGAAGUUUUAUUUGCUCUGGUAUUUCUUCCAAAUCCCUCUGGGUGGCCUGGAUUAUUAGCUCCAGACCUUGGCCCUACCAGUUCUGCUGGUGUAACCUGGUGGCCUGAGGAUAGUGGCUCUAUCCUCAGGUUCAGCAGUAUGGCUGCCACCAACCACACCGUAUUGAUUUCUGGUGGAACCUUCUCUAUCCUUAUUUUCGAUGUUCGCCUUCCAAGGUAAGUCGGCAGUAACACCAGAUCUGCUGGCUUUAAGGGAGAUGUAGAGUGCUCCUUUGCCUUCUCUUCGGACACGAAUCUCACCUCAACUGAGCCAAAGCGUCGUCUUCUAUUCAUGUAUUUUAUGUCAUGCCAAAUUGGUAGUAGGCACUUUUCGAUGGCAUCCUUAGAUGCCAUCUCUAUCCUCUUUGUUGCCAGGGACAGUGUUCUGUAAACUAUUGUUUUGCAUUUUGUAUUGUAUAUCACUUCUUUUUGUGGAGUCAGCUUCAUGUUCGCUCCUUCCUUCUGCAAUAAGCUUUUAUAUUUUUCAAGCUUGCCUGGGUCGACCUGCACUGUUUCGCUAGUGACGCUGGCCAUGGACGCAUAGUUCAUUUUUCCAUUGCUGUUCUGUGUUUCAAUUCAGAGGUCGGUUUUGUCAUUCUCUGGUAUGUUUUCUUCUUCCUUUGUUUGGCAAAAUGGGAGGAAGGGUAACAUUUGUUUGUACAAUUCCUCCAAGGAGCAGCCUGGAAUUACACAUUGGCAGGUGUCAACUUCCAUGUUGUAUUGAGUGUUUAACCCUUUAGUGUUCAGAUUACUCUGUUAAAUGUAAUACUUUUUCACUCAAAUUGUUUUGAAUUAAUCAUGCAUUAUCUCAUAGCUUUGAGGUUUCAGUGAUGUGAAUGUUUAUUUUUAGCAUGACAUUGUAGGUUAGGUGUGAGAGGCUAGAUAUCGACAGUUUGAAUAUAAAGCUUUUAGAAUAUUUGGGCUGGAUAUGACCGGUUUAAACACUAAAGGGUUAACAAGAUUUUCUAUGAAGGAAUACAAUUUGCCCCUAAGUAGGAGGAAUUCACACAAAAAACACACCUGCUAAAGCAGGCAAUGUGUCCAAAAGACAAAGAAAACAGUAAAAGUUGUAGAACAGUUCAAAAAAACAAUGGCAAUCCCAAAAGGGAAAACCAACAAUUAAAUGAAAGUACUAAAAAGAACUGAAAGAGAAUGUUUUUCCCUAAGUUGGUUCACCAUCAAUUCUGAAACUGCCGGUUGUCCAGAUCUUUUUUUCCGACACAAACAGCCUCCCUCUUGAAACUUCUUAAGCCACAUCCAAAUCUGCUUUCCUGUUGACGCUUGAUAAUGAAACCUAACAAAUACACGUUGCAUAUUCAAAUUUGACUGAGUUUGGUCAUACUUCAAUCCACAAAAUGCCUUUUCUGUUGCAGUAAAUGGCAUGUCUAGUUCUGAAAAGA